UUUUAAACAUGCCGGUGAUAUAGCUUUCAUUUACUAAUUGCUCUUGUUGUUUCUGAUUCUGAAUUGUAUAAUGUUGGAACGUGGAUAAAAUAUAUAACAAAUAGUUGCUAGGGAGUUAAUUGUAUGGAUAUAAUAUUAUUUAAUAAAGAGAGAUACUUAAUUUUAAGUGUAAGAUAAUUAUUUUUGUUGAGUUGGUUGAUUUAUUGGUGGAAAAAGGUGAUGGCUGAUCGUACAGAUGAUGAAAAUGGAAUGGAGGAUAAGCGUAAUUCGGUUGGAAUUAAUAGGAAAAGUAGAUCGAGAUCGGGAUCAAGAGCUUCUGGAUCUAUUAGUCCAGAUGUGAUGAAUAAAAAUCCUCGCAGUCCCAGGUCUGGAGCAUCGUCUCCUAAUGAUCGACCAAGUUCUCCGGCGUCAGUUAGAUCUCCGUCGCCGGAGAAUGGCAGACGGUCGUCUCGGUCACGAUCACGAUCAAAGUCUAUGUCAAGAAGUCCUUCGGGAUCGCCGAAUCGGGCUAGGUCGCAGUCACCGGCUAAAUCUAGAGUCAGUAGAUCAAGAUCGAGAUCAAGGUCGUCAGUAGAUUCACGAGCUGCGUCAAAAUCACCCGACGCUGAGAGAAAAUCGGUGUCUAGAUCAAGAAGUCGGUCUGCUGGUACUUCACCAGCACGUUCAAGAGAAGCUUCACGUUCGCGUUCACGUUCUAAUUCUCCUAGAAGUGUUAAAUCUGCUGGUAAAUCUUCCAAGACUGGUUCUAGGUCACCUUCACCAGCGGCUAAUAAAAGAUCGGCGUCUCGAUCAAGAUCAAAUAGUCCUCAAGGUAAAUCUCCAACUGGUUCUCGUCAUUCAUCAAAGUCUAGAUCACGCUCGAGAUCGAAAUCGAGGUCAAAAUCCAGAUCUAAAUCACGAUCCCGUUCUCCAAGGUCAAAGUCAAAAUCUCCAUCUAGAUCACGCUCAAGAUCUAAAUCAAAGUCACGAUCUCGAUCUCCAUCUCAGGAUGCUAAUAAAAAUGGCGCUGCUUCACCACAUUCUGAUAGAGGCUCUCAAGAUGCCGAAAAAACCGAAGAAAUUAACAAGUCACGAUCACCUUCACCCGCUGCAGGUGAUCGAGCUGCUAGUGUAGCCAGAUCCCAUUCUGGAUCAAGACCCGCCUCUCCAGCUACUUCUCAGAGACAUUCACGCUCAAGAUCACGUUCAGUUGGAUCACGAGCUGCUUCACGAUCAAGAUCACGUACUUCCAAAUCACGUUCCAGAUCUCGCUCGAGAGCUAGUUCAAGGUCACGUUCAGGAUCUAGAAAAUCUCGCUCAAGAUCACGGUCGGGAUCGAGAAAAUCUGUUUCACCAGCCGCUUCUAGAAAAUCCAGAUCUCGGUCACGUUCAGGAUCUAGAAAAUCUCACUCAAGGUCAAGAUCAGGAUCAAGAAAAUCCGGGUCACCGUCAGCUACAAGAAAAUCGAGAUCUCGUUCAAGAUCGGGAUCAAGAAAAUCUCACUCAAGAUCACGAUCAGGAUCGAGGAAGUCUGGGUCACCAUCAGCUACAAGAAAAUCGGGAUCUCGUUCAAGGUCAGGAUCAAGGAAAUCUCGCUCGAGGUCAAGAUCGGGAUCAAGAAAAUCUGCAUCUCCAGCUGCUUCUAGAAAAUCCAGAUCUCGAUCAAGGUCAGGAUCAAGAAAAUCUCGCUCAAGAUCACGAUCGGGAUCACGAAAGUCCGGGUCACCAUCAGCUACAAGAAAAUCGAGAUCUCGUUCCCGAUCAGGAUCCAGAAAAUCUCGUUCGAGAUCAAGAUCGGGGUCAAGAAAAUCUGCUUCGCCAGCAGCUUCAAGAAAAUCAAGAUCACGCUCAAGAUCUGGAUCACGUAAAUCACGUUCAGGCUCUCGUAGAUCACAUUCAGGUUCUAGAUCUCGUUCACGAUCAGGAUCUAGAAAAUCACGUUCAAGAUCCGGUUCCAGAAGAUCUCGUUCUGGCUCUCGAUCACGCUCUCGUUCAAGAUCACGUUCAGGCUCAAGACGCUCAGCCUCAAGAUCACGAUCGAGAUCAAGAUCUCGCUCACGUUCACGAUCACGAUCCGGCUCAAGAGCUAGAUCUGGCUCACGAUCAAAAUCACGUUCACGUUCACGUUCAAAAUCCGGAUCAAGAAAAAGCCGCAGUCGUAGCCGUAGUAAAGAUUCGACUGGUUCCCACUCAGCAAAACGUGGUCGUGUUCUAUCAGACUCCGAAGCCGACGAUGAUGAACAAGUCCAGCGAUCAAAACGCACAAAACACCAAAUAUCUGAUUCCGAAAAUGAGAACGACGACGAGGAAAAAGGAGAUUCUGCAGAAAAAGAUAAGAAUGAAGACGAAUUGGAAGAAGAUGCUAAUCAAGAAGAAGGAGGUCUUGUUGAUCAGGAUGACGGUGCCGACGAUGACAGAAUUCGUGAAGAAGGAGCAUCAGACGAUUUCAUGUCAGACUUUGAUCGUAUGAUGGCGCGUAAAAAAGAGGAACAGUCACGACGACGUAAGCGCAAAGACAUUGACAUUAUUAAUGACAAUGAUGACAUCAUAGCUCAGUUAUUACAAGACAUGAAAUCAGCCUCAGAAGAAGACAGAAAAUUAAAUCAAUUAUCAAAACCAGCAACUAAAAAAAUAGCCAUGCUUCCCAAAGUGCUUUCCCAGCUGAAGAAACAUGAUUUGCAGCUGGCAUUCCUUGAGCACAAUGUACUACAUAUAUUAACUGACUGGCUUGCACCGAUGCCCGACCGUUCAUUACCAUCUCUACGAAUUCGUGAGAGUUUACUGAAAUUAUUAUGGGAGUUUCCUCGUAUUGAUCAAAGUUCACUAAAGUCAUCUGGUAUCGGUAAAGCUGUUAUGUAUUUAUACAAACAUCCUAGAGAAACUAAAGAAAACAAAGAACGAGCUGGUAAAAUAAUAAGCGAAUGGGCCAGACCAAUAUUUAAUCUUUCAGCAGAUCUUAAAGCUCUCAGUAAAGAGGAACGUAUGCAACGUGAUAUGGAACAGACACCACAAAAGAAAAGGAAGACCGACGAAAGUAGUUCAUCACAAAAGUCACAGGAUAUCAAUAAAGCGCUCAAGGGCGAGGCCAAACCUCUGAGACCUGGUGAACCCGGAUGGAUUGGCAGAGCUCGCGUACCUAAACCUUCCAAUAAAGAUUACGUUGUACGACCAGACUGGAAAUCAGACGUCGAUAUUAGUCGGAGUACUAAAAAGCAAAUGAACCGGUUCGAACGACACAUGAAAAAUUACAUGGACGGUAAAAAAAUGAAGGCUGCUAGACGUGCGGUUGAUAUUUCUAUCGAAGGACGUAAAAUGUCACUAUAAAUAUAAUUAUUACAUAUUUUUAUUUAUAUAUUAUAAUUAGAAACUUUGUUGGAAUAAUAUUUUAUAAGAGAUGUUGAAAAAAAGAAAAAAAAAUUAUAAAUAAUAAUUUUUUUUAAUGUCGACUGCAAAAACAUGAAAAUUUAAUUUAAUUUUAU